AUGUUGUUUUCUACCGCCAAAGAUUCAGAGUUUCCAUAUUUAGAACACGUUCAACAAUACCUUCUUCGUCAUGACUCAAACAUCCUCAGUAUUCAAAGCCCAACUAAUAAUUCUAACACAACUGCAUCUCCACGUGAAGUGCACGCACCUCCCACGUGGAAGCACUACCGGGGUGUGAGGCGUAGGCCGUGGGGAAAGUUUGCGGCAGAGAUCAGAGAUCCGAAGAAGAAAGGUGCUAGGGUUUGGCUUGGAACUUAUUUAACCGAAGAAGAAGCUGGUAUGGCUUAUGAUAAAGCUGCUUUUAAGAUGCGUGGCCGAAAGGCCAAGGUCAAUUUUCCCCAUCUUAUUGGCUCUGACGUGUACACGCCAGAGCCAAAAAGAGAGACGACUUUGAAACAAGAAUCGACUGAAAUUUCUUCUUCAUCGGAUUAUAGCUGUGAGUCAUUAUCACAAGGUUCAAAGAGGAAGAGGAGCAUGGCUAAUCUACUUAACAAAUUAGCCAAGAAUAGAAGCCAAGCUAUGGUGGUUGAAAGUGAAAUGGCCUCACAAGAAAAUGCUGUCGAACAAUGGUUGAAUGAGUUGAGUGAUUGCUCUCUAAUGUGGUGCUUCUAG